AAUAUGGUGAAUUGAAAGUUACUAUUGCAUAUGUCUACGCUUCAAGUCCUAAAAUUAAAUCUACAUGCAACUAAAAUGCAUUUGUUUCUUCUAAUUAAGGUUGCUGUCAUUGAGUCAGUUGAAGAGUUUAUGAGCGCAUAGGACGACAACUCUGCUGGGGGUGUAAAUAUGAGAGCAUGCAACGACAACUCUGCUGGGAGUGUUAAUAUGAGAGCGUGCAACGACAACUCUACUCGCACAUCGAAACAAAGCUUACAACUAGCAGUAACAGGGAAUUCACGGCCUUUUGUGAAAACAAAAGCACUGCGUGUAAUCUUUUAGAUUUGGAAUUAUAUUAUUAACACACAAUAAUACACAUUGUAUAAUACAGGAUAUACAAAUCAUCGAUGCUUUCAACGGAAUAUGAUUGUCUUAACAUUAAUUCGUUCCAAAGAGAAUAUUGACAUUUUUCGUCUAUUGAGGUUCGUUCCAUUAUUACGUUUUAUCUGCGGACGUUCAAGUAAAUUGAAAUCGAAAGUGCAUUACAGCAACUGUUACUUCUAAUUAUUCCGUUUGUGUAAACUGACAAUGCAAUUACGUGUAAUACAAUUAAAUACAAGUAUUACAUAGCAAGGAUUUUCAUGCAAAAACACGAAGUAUAUGCCGUUAAAUAUGUAUGUACUAGUUGAUCUGAAUGCGAAUGCUAUUUUAAACGAAAUCUUUAAAUUUGUGUUUGUUGUUUUGAUAAAUACAAUUAUGUAUAUCUAUUGACCCGUUGAAAUACAUUUCAUUACAAUUUACAAGCGUGACGGACGGUUUUCAAUCAUGAAAUGUUCUCUUUAAAGGGAUCUUUUCACGGUUUGGUAAAUUGACAAAAUUGAAAAAAGUUGUUUCAUAUUCGCAAAAUUUCGGUUUAGUUAUGAUAUUUGUGAGGAAAGAGUGUUACUGAACAUUUGCCAUGGUCUAUUAUAGCCAUUAUAUGCAUCUUUUGACGAUUAAAAAACGUAAACAUUAUAAAGCAUUGCAACGGGAAACGAUUGAAAAAUGUGGAGAGUUCUGUUGUUGUCGUUUAAAUUUGUGAAACUACGAAGAUUGCUUAUAUAAGGUAUAAUAUACGCAGCAUAUGUAUGCUUGGCAGGAUAGCUCUGUUGGCUAAUGCGUUUUUACUUAAGGAUUCCGGGGGUCACUGGUUCGAGCCCUGCUGCGGGUUACUUUUUUCCUUUUUUUAAAUUUUAUUUUUGAUUUUUUACUGGAGCUUUUAAAAUUUAAUGUUUACAUUUAUCAAUAUAAAGCAUUUAAUAACAAACUUCAAAACAUGACAAAAUCUGUGAAAAGUCCCCUUUAAUUUGUAUAUUCGCUGUUUUUAAGUGUGUUCUGGUUUAUAUACAAGUAACUGCAAUCAAUUCCUGGACCUCUGUGUUAAGCAUUUUUGAAAAUCUGGUAUAGCGCGUAAAUGUAAGUCCGUGGUAGACUUUUCCUUUUUAUCGGUAUUUGGAUUUAAGGAACAGUACUUAUACUGACUAUUGAGUUAUUAUUAUGUUCAAGCUUAUCACUGAAUUAUAAGUAUAAUUCAAGAUGCAUAUGCAUUCAUUUUUUUAUAUACUUUCCGUUCAAAUUGCUCGGUACUUGAAGUGUUAAAGUUUUUUUCACAGUCGUUCGUAUGCUACGUUAACAAACGUGUAUCAGUAGCAUAAUAAAGGUUCAAAUCGUUGAUGAUUACGUUGGCGUUUAGACUAAAUGUGUUAAAUGAAUAAUACCAUCGCAGCAUGUGUCGGAAAAAAGGCAUAAAAAUCACUGCUGCAAAACAUUUUGUACAACAUAUAACAUUUUAUUAAUGCUACAUUCUUUCGUGCAGAAACAAACGAAAUGGCGGAAUGUGGUUCCAGCCAUGACAUGUCUUCUCGAUUUCAGAGGCAAAACAGCGUUGACAGUAAUCGCUAUCAAAAUGAGAAUUUCUCCGUGGAGGUGAACACGAUUCUGAACUGUCUAGGAUAUGGACCAGAUAUCAGACGGUUUCGCAAAGAGAGUUACAGAUUUAGGGAUAGAGUGCUGAAUAGACGCGAAAGCAAAGACAAAGUAAUGUGCGUCACCGUUGGGAGCAAAUUAGAAGGACUUACGAGCUUCUUUGAAAGUGACACGGACUGUAUUAUAUUACAUUCCAGAGUUGUGUGUCUAGAAACCGGUGUUGACCCUAACGCAAUCGCAAACAAUAUUUCAAUAUUCAAAAUGGAUACUAGGACAUGCUAUGCAGAUCACUGUAAACAACUCCUAGUGAGAAUAGCUCCAGGACACCACCCUGCAUUUUCCAAUUCUAUUGUCGUUGAUCCAAGUGGAAACAGAAUUUUGAGCAAUCUUAAACUUGUUACUGAAUUCCAGAAGGCCCCAAUGCCGCCAUCUGCCGUAAGUUAUCCACGCGCGGGGCCCUCAAUACCCGUCUCGGUUGGAGCGUACCAUCAAGAUACGGUACACGCAAUACCUUGUUACUGUCCCAGCAUACUGGAAAGGUGGGCAAAAAGACAACCACGCCAUUGGCCCCCAACGGAGAUUGUUCAGAAAGUCGUUUCACAAGGAGCCUUUUUAGUCCCGACAGGUUUUAAAGGGAGUGAACAUAAAGACGAAGAGUUCAGAAUUUGCUUUAACACUGGCGAGAAUGAAUUAGUGAGCAAUCUAAAUGACACACAGGUUAAAAUAUAUGUUUUAUUGAAAAUGGUCGUAAAAGAGGUACUUAAGCCCCAAAAGAAAGAGGUGUCGUUGUACGUUGUAAAGAAUAUUGUGCUAUGGCAAGCGGAGAGCAACCCACAAUACUUGUUUCAUGAAAGGAGUUUGUUACACUGGCUUCAUGAAGGGCUGAGCGAGUUACGAGCAGUUGUUUUUUCUAGACAACUACAAUAUUAUAUGAUACCUGAGAGAAAUUUGAUGGCACACUGUGGAUUAGAUGAUGAACAGCAGCAAACUUGGGUAAAAACUAUUACUGAAAUGAUGAAUGAAGGGCCAAAACUACUACUGCGAUUAAUGAAAAUAAGAAAAGCCAUAAUUUCUUACAAGCAACCCUUGCAAUGGUACAGCAAAAUGAGGACAGAGCUUGAACUGCUUCAGUUAAAAGAUAUGAUAAGAAGAGAGCUGUGCACAGAUAAGAAUUCGGACCUUGAUUUGACUGACAGAAAUAUGAAGAAAAUAGAGGAACGCCAGCAAGAUAUUUUAUGGGAAAUAGCCUUGCGGAUGUACAUGGACGGGAAUGGCGUACAGGACUGGUGGGAUUUAAAUGAAAGAAUGUUGAGCUGAAUACUUUUACGACCGACUAUUAUGAAUACAUAGCAAGUAUUGGCAUUGGUAGCCAAGUAAAUAUAAUUAACGCCGAGGGAAACUAUAAGCAAACUAACUAUAUUCUAUGCAGUUGUAACAAAAAAUAAUAUUGUCAUUUUCAUAUUGCAUCAAUAUUUAUGCCGUACCAGGUUGUCAUUGGUUUUAAAGCAUAAACAAUCAAAUAAAAGAACAAUUGACAAAUAUCUAAGUCGUUUCUGUGGAAUGCUU